AUGAACAAUUGCAAACGCCCUGAUCUUAUAGUUGACUACAAACAUGUGCCAGCUCCAAAAUCGACAGCUUCCAGUGCCAGCCAAGGUGUUCUCGCACAGUCGAUGCCUAUGGCUGCCAUGUUCAUGAAAAAUAAGUUUCUAGCGUGGUUUGCUAUGUUGACCACCGUUCAUUACGCUUUAAACGGAGGAGACGAAGCAUCUGCUGACCAGGGGCCUUUGCUAAAGAUAUUGAUGUCUGCAGUAUCGCUUGGCGUAUGUUAUAUGAAUGUCGUUUUCCCUCAACCUGGCCCUGCCGACAAAAAGGCAUAA